ACGAAAUGAACAAAAUAAUGUGUAUAAAAUAUACACCAAAAUCCGAUAUUAGAAACAUUGGAAAAAAAAAACCUAAUUCUCCUUUUCGAUCGAUUACAUUCAAAUCACAGAUCUUCUCAGAAAUCAAUCUCCGAUCAAUCAAAUUUUCAGGACGAAAAGACAACAGUAUACUUAAUCUAUGGGGAGGCGAAAAAUCGAGAUGAAGAUGGUGAAGGAUAGGAGCUCUAGGCAAGUUACCUUUUCGAAGCGCCGGAACGGUCUGUUUAAGAAAGCGAACGAUCUCGCUACUCUGUGCGGCUUAGAGAUCGCGAUUGUCGUCUUCUCGCCCGGCGGUAAGGCGUUCUCAUUCGGCCAUCCGAACGUCGAGGACGUGAUCGAUCGAUACCUAAACCACGAAUCGGAGCCGAUUCCGCCGGCGAGGGAGGCCGGAAUGAUCGAGAAGGAGAAUGAGGAACUUCUGGAUCUGAUCAAGCAGUUGCAAUUGGAGAAGAGGAGGGGAGAGAUUCUGGAGAAGGAGAUGAAAUCGAAAGAGGAAUCGAUCAAAAUCGAGGAUCUGAAUUUCGAUGAGCUUUUGAAAUUGAAGGAAUCGUUGGAAAAGCUGCGAGAAAAUGUGAAAAUCAAAGCGAGUGAACUGGAGGCGUCGUCUUCGUUGCUACUCCUGGCGAAUGAACCAGUUAUGGAGGCUGAUCGCUCUGAUACAAAAAACUGAAUUUGAGGAUUUUCCGUGUUUUUUUUUUUUGUAAAUUUAAUAUAUUUCAUAAGCUAGAUGAUUUUAUUUCAGAAAAAAUAAAAAUGGACGGA